UUGGGUGGGACAGAUGGGUUGUGUCCAUUGUCCGGCAGGACUGGGGCCUGAAGGCAGCCUAGGAGCUGCGGAUGGCAGGGCAGGGACAGUCCCUAGGAAGCUCAGAUGACGUUUGCAUCACUUCCUAUCCCUCACCCAUCUGCAAACCCUUCUUCCCUCUCCACUCACUCACUUGGCACCCACCCCCAUCAUUGUGUACAAUGGAUGUGGAGGACUCCCCAUAUGUUACCAUCCAAACCCACCCCAGUGGCCCCAAGGCCCUGGUGCUGCAGGUCCUGGGGCCAGGAACAGUGGGACUGGAGGUGGCUUUGGGAGGAUGUCCCAUUGUCCUCCACCCAAGGCUGUUUGAGCUUGUUUUACCCUUGGCUCUGCAAAGCCAAUCCAGACAUCCUGUGGAGAUGCCACCAUGGGUUUCAGAGGCCUCAGGAUUGUGUGACUUCUUGAGACCUGGCUCCCAAGUAGAAAUUCAAGGAAUAAUUUAGGGGAGAAGAAAAGGGCAUAUUUGGGGGUCUUUGGGGUUUUGUGUUCUAAAUUCAAGUUGUCCUUAAAUUUGAAGUUCAUUUAUAACUGGUUUCCCAUUGGUAUGAUCAAAGGUCCCAGUGGUGACAGCCUGGGCACUGCUUUGUCCAUGUUCUGCUCUCUUGCUAACAUUCUCUUUUCCAAUCUUUGGUCUUUUAUUUUCUUUCUCUGCCUGAAGAGCUUCUGUUUAUGCGCAUGAUCCUAUUCCUGACUGCCCUGAGGAUGUCUGUUUGUCUGUCUGCACCCUGAGGCUGAAUGCUGCAGCUGGCAUCUGCUGGGGAGUGCCAGUGCCUGGAACCCAGUGGUUCCAAGAGCACUGUGUGCCAGCUGGGUGGCACUAGGUGAUGGGUGAAAGAUUAGCACUGGGGUGAUGCUUGGAAGGAGCAGCAGGGCAGGUAUAGAGAAGCACUGGGGAUGGGGAGUGUGCUAAUGGUUCUCUGAGCACCAGGGGUAUGCUGUGUGUCUGCAGGGCUCUUCUGCAGCUCCAUCCAUGGGGUUGAGUUGGGUGAUCUCACGUGGGACCACAGGCAGCAGCUCCCAGCUGAGCCUCAGAAUCCAGGGAUGUGAGCCUGCUCCUCAUUGUUCAGGGCAGGCUCUGCUGGUCUUAUUGAGGAGCCACCCCCCCUGCCUCAGAGACCUCUCUAUAGCCAUUGGUAAAGUGAUUUCCUGGGGCAGUGUAGGAUACUAAUCCACAAGUAUCCUUUUUCUCUGUGAAAAGCCUGGGAUCAUGAGCUGAGAUCCCAGUGAUGCUCAGCAUGAGCAGGACACAGCUAGGGGCCUGGGGCAAGGCUGGCAUGGAGCACUCGUCCCUGCAGGUGCCAGCUCUAGCUCUGCCCACAUCCCACUCUUUUUCCUCCUUAUCAGCUGAGGUCUCAAGCCCUGGCCACAGCUCAAAGGCAGAUUUUCAUUGUUUUUUUCCCAGCAUUUGUGGUGCUUUGAAGGAAAGGAAGUAUUUGCAUACUGGAUGUCUGCAGUGCCAUGUCCAUGUGGGUUGGGAGUGAGCUUUUAAACACAUGUCCCAGUCAUCCUUUUCCAGUGCUAGGGGGGCACAUGGAGAAAGCCCCUUGUCAAGGAGCUGAAGCCAUGAAACACCUUUAAGUCCCACACCCUGAUGCACACUGAUGACCUGCAGCCAGCACUGACCCUCCAUGGGCUGGCCAUGCUCUGGGACCAGUCCACGUACCCCACUGGGAGCACUUGUUUCCCAGACUCACAUCCUGGCUACCUCUCCUUGCCACAGGACCAAGUUUAUUUGCUGUCAAAGCUGCUGAUAAAUGAGGUGGGGGCUGAGCAGGGUGUGGGAGGCCAUCAGCAGGCACAGGGAAGGAGAGAUUAGCUAUCAGGGAACAGAUAAGCCCAAAUCCUGUGAGGUGGUGGGCUGGUUGCAGCUGGGGGUAGUUGUGGUGCCGCUCACCUCCUCCAGCUCAUGGCAGAAGUUUUUCCAUCCUGCCACCACGUUCCAGUAACUCCCAGCUCCCCACCAUAAGCUCAGGGGUUUUAUCACAAAGAAUACUUUUUGGCACAUUUCCCAUGAUGCUUGUUUUGGUGGCCAGGCUGGGUUGUUGGAGGCAGGUUUCCCAGGUGGAAGGGUUUCCUCUUGCAAACCUGUGAUGGUUUCAUUCUAAAAGCCACCAAACUGAAUUUCCAAAGGGUGAUGUGGUGAAAGCAACCCCAGGUGCAACAGUGAGGUUUUUGCCAUGAUAUGGGAGGGCAAGAGCACCAUGGACCCUUCUCCACCUCUGCCUGAAUACCCCAGCACAGCUGGCAAAGCUUUUUUCUGGGGGGGCACAGCCUGAAACCUCUUGCAGAGAAGGACCUUGUCUCCAGUCCUCAGGGGUCCUCGGGGAGGUGAUUUGGUGGUUGUCCCCUCUUUGCCAUUAACCCCGUGGAUCCCCUCGCAUGCUCGGUGGGAGCAGAGCCCCCAUUGAGCCCUGGGGUCCCUGUGGGGGGUGUUUGUGCUGCUGCCAUCACAGCAUCUUGCGGCUGCUUCUACAGGCCGCAGAGAUGGAGCUAUUUUGGGCUCCAGCUGCAAGGCAUUUUUUCCAGGCCUUGAAUCAUUUUUGUGGUUCUUUUCUGCCUCCAUUCCAACUUUUCACUGUCCUCCACGAAAAGGGGGACACGGUGCUCCUGGCUGGGCCAUGCAGCUGCUGCCCACCGAGGGGCCAGGGCAGCAGCUGCAGCCCCAGGACCCCGGUUUGGCUGAGGGGGGGGGCAGCUCCCUCCCCGGCCCCAGGAUGAGGCGGUCUGGCAGCCAGACGUGGUCCUGUGACUGCGCUGGGUUUUGAGCGAAUACUUCCUCGCUGUCUCCUCCUCUUCUGCAUUUGUUACAUAUAAAGAGGAAAAGGGGAAAAAAAAAAAAAAGCAAAAGCCAAAUGCAUUCCAGGCUGCGCUGCCAGACCAGCCUGGGUGAAGUUUUCUUUGACUACAGCAUCCACCUGGGCUGUUUGUGACCUUCACCUGUGCGACGAGGUGGUGUGGGUCACCCCAAGGAUGAGUGGGUGGCUCCAGGGAUGAGCAGGGGUCCAUAAAUGGGGAUUUCUGUGGGGUCAUGGGGAGUGCAGUCCCCAAGCCCAAUUGCAGCAUCAUGAGCCCCCAAAGAUUUGCUUGGGGGGGGUUCUUUGACAAAGCGUGGGUGAGGUGUCCCCAUGUGUCCCUUCCCAGCAGAGAGCUGAGCAUCCCUGGCGGAGCCUCUGAGUGGGUCUAAGCCCCCAUCCUGGUCAAGUUGUGCCAAAAAUGUCCUGUCUGAUGAUCCUGUGCCUGGUACUCCCUGGAGGUGGUGGCACUCCAGGACUCUCAAGAGCUCAGGGACACAUUCCAGCUGCCUGCAGUUGGCAUCCCCCUGCUUGUACAUAGGAACAUUCCCUGGGGGCUGGCUAUGUUGCAGCUAUUCCAGCCAGGUGGUUCCAAGCUGCCUUUGGGGUUCCAUCCCCAGACCACAAAGCACCAUGCCUGGGUCUCAAGUCAUGUUUUGACAUGGGGCAUUUAGAAUCUUCCUUUUUUCCUCAGCUUUUUGGGUCUUUAGAUUUUAUUAUUUUUUUUUUUUUUUUGUAGAGGUUGCAAACAUGACUUUUGCUUUUUCAUCACUCCUUAUUAAUGGGAAAAACUAGUCCUGUUCUUACUCCUGGCAUCACUGAAUGCCUGAUGGGGCACCCAUGGGAUGCCCUAACAGACCCAUUAACUCACUGUGUGCUGUAGGAGCCAAGAGCUCUCCUUUCCCUUUGGAGGUGUAGAAGCCCCCAGCAGGACCUCUCACCAUCAUAGCUUCAGUACUCCCGGUGGGCUUUUGGGAAGGACCAGGACUUUCUCAGGGUUGUAACUAUUUGUGAUGCUUUUUUUAUCUCUGCAGCUCCUCGGUUCUUGUGUGCUGCCUGGGAUGGAGGCAACAAGGGAGCGAGUGUUUAAUAGAUGCUGCAGCAGCAUUGGGACCUGAGCCAGAGCCACCAGUGAAGCCGAAGCUGCUCAGACCAGGCACGUAGCCUACGAUGGCCUCACUCACAGAGGCUGCUGGGACUGCCAAAGACCAGUGAGCUUGGACUGGGGCCAUACAAGGUGUCACAGCUCUUUACUGGGAGCCACAGUGACCCCAGCAUGGGAGCUUACUGUGCUCAUGGAUGGUGAAACCCUGGGAGCAUCAUUCCCUGCAUUGCCAAUGAAGACAGCUGCUUUGGGGUUCUCCCAGAGUCUCGGCUGGCCACAGGGCUCACCAUGCCCCAGGAGAGCUGGAGGUGCAGCUGAGACCAAAGCCCACAUAACCAACUAACCCACUGUGCAUGAGCCCUGUAACCACUCGCUGCAUGCGUUGGGAAGGGGAUGUGGCCUGUUUGGAAGGGAGAAGGACAGGAUCUGCCAGGACACUGAGGGGUGGGAUGGUCCCACAGCAAGCUAUUCCCGUCUCUUGCCCUCCCAACCUGCUCUAACCUUUAGACUCACUGCUCCUAACAUGUGUAAUCUGUCUGUUUUAGGGGUUUCUAUAAUAUCCGUCAUCAUAGGUCUAACAACUCCCAGGUAAGGUGGCUGGGAUGGGUGGUUGUCUCUCCUCCUCCCAGUGCCUAAGGAAGCUUGACCAGGGCUGUGCAGGAUCUGCGAGUGCUGCCUGUCCCUGCUGCCUGCCCCACGUCCUGCACUUCCCUGGCUCCAGACAUCAGCUCAGUAUGAGGUCCCCUCAGCAGGAGAUGGGUUGGUGGCCUUUGGGGGCAGGUGCUGGGAUGGCAGUGCCCACAGCCCCUCCUCUUCAUGUCCCCUUCUCCCCUCUAGCAAUGUGGAACUGCGCAAGAGACAACACCAUUGGGUGCAGCCUCUGGCAAGGACAUGGGUGGGUGGCAGGAGGCUGGUGGCCAGGAUGGAUGGCAUCCUUUCUGGGUGGCAGAGAUGGGGUUGAGCAAGGUGACAGGAGGCUGGUGGAAUUUUUCUGGAAAGGGUCCCAUCCGGCCCAGGCAGCUGCUGGAUGGGACAGAGCCACGACUCAGCAGCACACAGAGAGUCACUGCAGAGCCCUUUUACUGCUCUGGGGGGGUCUGGGGGGCUUUAAGAAGCAAGCACUGGUACUCAUGCCUGCUGUCUGUCCAUCUGUCCAGCCAUAUGCGAGGGGAACUUCACCUGCAAGGAGAACGAGGUAUGCGUCAGGCCCGGCGAGUGCCGCUGCCGCCACGGCUACUUUGGUGCCACCUGCGACACCAAGUGUCCCCGGCAGUUCUGGGGUCCCGACUGCAAGGAGAUGUGCACGUGCCAUCCCAAUGGGCAGUGUGAGGAUGUGACGGGCCAGUGCACCUGCAACCUCAACCGCUGGGGCCCCAAGUGUGAGAAUAUCUGCCUCUGCAAGCAUGGCAAGUGUGACCAGAAGACAGGCAAAUGCACCUGCGAGCCCAACUGGUGGGGACCACAGUGCUCCAGCUCCUGCUAUUGCAGCCACAACUCCCAGUGUGACCAGCAGACAGGCAACUGCCUGUGCCAGCCUGGAUGGUGGGGCCGUGGCUGCAACAACCAGUGCUCCUGCAAUAACUCACCCUGCGAGCAGUUCACGGGGCGCUGCCAGUGCCGGGAGAGGACCUUCGGGCCUCGCUGCGACCGCUACUGCCAGUGCUACAAGGGCAAGUGCAACCAGGUGGAUGGGACCUGCACCUGCGAGCCGGGCUACCGGGGCAAGUACUGCCGCGAGCCCUGCCCGGCCGGCUUCUACGGCCAAGGCUGCAGGAGGCGGUGUGGGCAGUGCAAGAGCCUGCAGCCGUGCACCGUGGCCGAUGGGCGCUGCCUGACGUGUGAGGCAGGCUGGAACGGCACCAAGUGUGACCAGCCCUGCUCACCUGGCUUCUAUGGAGAGGGCUGUGAGAAGCUCUGUCCCCCCUGCAAGGAUGGCCACACCUGUAACCACAUCAAUGGCAAGUGCUCCCACUGCAACCCGGGCUGGAUUGGAGACCGGUGUGAAACCAAGUGCCGGAACGGGACAUACGGGGAGAACUGCGCCUUCGUCUGCAGUGACUGCGUCAAUGGCCAGUGCCACUUUGAGACUGGGCAGUGCCUCUGCCACCCCGGCUCCCAUGGCACAUACUGUAACCUGACUUGCCCUCCCGGACGCUACGGAGCCAACUGUGCCGACGUCUGCAGCUGCCACGACGGUGCCUGUGACCCCCUGACAGGCGCCUGCCACAUGGAGGCCAACCAGAGGAUGGGGGUGAUUGGGGCAGGGGCCCUCCUGGCGCUGCUGCUCAUCCUCCUGCUCUCCCUGCUCUGCUGCUGCUGCGUCUGCCGCAAGAAGGAUGAAGCCAGCAGCUCCAGCCAGGACCCAGCAGCAGCCAAGAAACCUCCAAGACGUUUGUGUGGGCGGUUCAGUCGGAUUGGGAUGAAGCUCCCACGCAUCCCCCUACGCCGCCAGAAGCUGCCCAAGGUCAUGGUGGCCCACCAUGACCUGGAAAACACCUUGAACUGCAGCUUCAUCGAGCCACCCUCUGUGGUGGAGCAGCCUUCCCCAUCCUGGUCAUCCCGCGGCUCCUUCUCCUCCUUUGAAACCACGGACGAGGGCCCCGUGUACUGUGUCCCCCAUGAAGAGAGUAUGGGUGAGAGCAGGGAUAGAGGGACACCUGCCAGCCCCGGAGACAAGCUGGUGGCCUCGAUCAGCGGGGAGGAAGCGGGCGAAUACACGUUCCUGAAGGAGACAGGCUCUGUCAGAGCCUUCCCGACCGACAGCAGUGAGACGCCCCUGCUCAAGUCCUCGGACAGCGAACGCUCCUCCUGCGGCUCGGGGUCGGCCGGCGCCGCGCUCUACGCCAGGGUCGCCCGCCUUUCCAAGCAGUCCAAGGAGGAGGAGGAUGCCACCGCGGAGCCCCGCAGCCCCGGGAAGCCACCAUCCCCGGAAAGGACCAAGCCCCGUCCUCCAGACCCGGCCACGAAGCCCAAAGUCUCCUGGAUCCACGGCAGGUACAGCUCUGGCCAGUCCAACUCGCUGCCGGUACCCAGCCAGUCCCCAGAACAAGCGGCCGCCCGGUCCGGCAGCCCCGAGCAAGGCCAGGGCUUGGCCAAGAGGAAGAGGAGUCCGAGCGAGACGUCCGGCAGUGUGCAGGGCAGAGCGGAGGAGAAGGGCGGCGCCCGGGGGAAGGAGAAAGCGCAGAAGCAACCGAAGGAGCCCGGCGUCCCCGAGGGCAAAUCCAGCCUCUGCGGGGAGCCCCAGUCACCCUCCAAACCCAAGCAGAGGAGCAAAGCCGGCUCGGAGCCGAUGGAGACCAUCAACGGAGCGGUGCAGAACGCCUUCCGAAAGAUGAGUGCCUUCCAGCCGGAGCGGCGGGCCGCGGACACCAGGGAUGCUCCGUGUAGCCCCGGCACCAGCAAAUCCCGCUCCGAGCCGCUGCAUCCCCAGCUGGCCUCCGAGCUGGCCGCCCAGCUGAAGGAAAAGACUCAGAGCCUCAACAAGGGGGACGGAGGCAUCCGGGCGAACGGGGUCGGUGCCCAGCGGGAGAAGCCCACCCCUCCACAGAAAGCCAAGCGCUCGGCGGCCGCCGGCGGCCAGAAGACCAGCAAACCCUUGCUGCCCACCUCUCCCCAUCUGCAAAAACUGAUCCCUGCGGCCGCCGAGACGGCAGCCGGGGAGCCCAAGUGGGUGGAGAAACCAAGUGCCGGCAGCGGCCAGGAGCAGACUCUCCCCACGGAGCAGGCAGCCAAGAAAACCCCCAUUAAGAAGCCGCCUAGGAAGAAGAGCCGGGAGGCGAGCCUGGAGCCGCCCAGGGCAGCUGCUGCUCCUGCUCAGGCAGUGCAGUGACCGGGAGCCGGGCACCGGCCCCGCAGCGGCCGCACACCGGGAACAAGGACAUUUGCCAGCACAACCAGCGAACGUGGGAGCCUGGGACUGGGCUGGGGGCACUGGAAGAGCCUUGAUCCUCCUUUUAUCCCCCUCCACCUCACUCAUGCCCCUUUUUGCCUUAGUUCCCCCUGAUCUAGGACCCAGUCCCUUCAUCUGUGCCCUGCUCCUGCUCUCUGUCCGGGCCUCAGCUCGCCCUCCCUCCCCGCGCAGGACGGGACCGCAAGGAGCCGGCCCCGCCGCCACCCCGGGGGACUUCGUGUGUGGCGUAUCUCCCCCGCCCCUACUUUUUUUGUAGCAGUAUUAUCGACAGCAUAAGCAGCGCUUGUUGUACUAGACGUGCCCACGGUAUAUUCUGCAGUAACCGAGCCGCUCGCUUCCCGCGCUCCGCUCCGCUCUGUCGGGGCCGCGGAGCUCGGGAGAGGGAGGAAGCUGCUGCUCAGUGCCCAGCGCAGUGCCAGAAGUGUGCCCCACAUCCAGCGCUGGCAGCAGCUCCCCGUCCCGGCGCCCUCCAGGCACAGCUCUCCACUGCCGGUGCAUGCCGGAGUGGGGUCGAGCUGGUUUCGACCGAUGCCACCCUCCCACCCUCCGCCCCGGCGCUGCUCCUGGCCAGGAGGAAGCACUAUUUAUGGAUGGAGCUGGACGCCCUUCGGGCUCCUGUAUCCCAUCCCGUGGAGUUGGAGGGAUUAGUUUGAUAUGAGAGAGCCUGGCACCUCUGCAGAGCGCUUUCCUAAUAAAAAUGUAUUUCUUCCAUA